AUGUGGUCCUUUUUUGACACACUCUUAUUUCUUGGUUUUCUCCCCCAGCUGUUUUACAAUGAGGAGUUUGACUGUCACACUCCUCAAGACCGGCUUGCCCUGGGCUAUGAGAAAGGAUUAACUGAUCGCAAACCCGCAACUGCCAAAGCUCUGCUGGCCACCACUGACAAGAUACCACCAGGUCGGUGCUUUGAGAAUAGCUCUUAAUUUGAAAUGGUUGUUUACAGAGGGAUGUCCCAAAUAGAAAUGAUGGUAACCUACAGGUUGUGUCUGUUGUAUUGAACAGUGUACCAUAUAAUUCUUCAGAAAAUAUAAAAUAGUUUGAGACAGCUUAGUGAUGAGCUUUUCUCUCGUCCUCUCUGGUUCUGUAGAGGACCCAAAAGCCCCACCCUGGAGUACAGCUGGCAGUUUGUUGGGGUUCUUGACUACAACCAGGAGAAAGGGUUUUGUCUGGUCCAGAAGGCCAACAGGAAUGGCAGAGUGAGGGAUGCCAAGGGAAAACCAGUCCUUAAUGGAGGACAGAGAACUAAAGGCAAUUAA